CCGAGGGGAGGCGGCCCGUUAGGGACCCGGGGAAAAGUGUGCGGAGGCGCGCGCUGCGCACGGCCGGCUCUGUCCCCCGCGGCGCUGCGGGACGCAGCGGGGCGGGAAAUGUCUGGCCGUCCCCGCGCCGGCUCCUGGCGGACCUGGGGCGGGGUGGGUACCCGGAGACCAUGGCUCCGGCCGCGUCCAGGCUACCGUCCGAGACCGGGCUCGCGGCGCUGCCGCGGCGGGCGCUCUCUCAGUACCUGCGCCUCCUGCGGCUCUACCCGGUGCUCACCAAAGCGGCCACCAGCGGCAUCUUGUCAGCACUUGGGAAUUUCCUGGCCCAGAUGAUUAAGAAGAGGAAAAAAGAAAUCGGCUCUCAAAAGCUAGACGGCAAUGGGCCUCUCAGAUAUGCCAUUUACGGGUUCUUCUUCACAGGGCCACUGAGUCACUUCUUCUACCUCUUCAUGGAGCACUGGAUCCCUCCCGAGGUCCCCUGGGCCGGGGUCAAGAGGCUCCUCCUGGACCGCCUUCUCUUUGCACCGGCCUUCCUGUUGUUGUUCUUCCUCGUCAUGAACUUCCUGGAGACACCGUGUGACAGCGUCCCACCUCAUGCCUGUCCCUGCCACGGAAGGCCUCCUGUCUGGUUAGUUCCUAGAACCGUCUGAGAAGGCCACCCUCCGUCCUCCCCGCAGUGACACGGAAGAACGGCGCCCGCUGACUUUCCUUGAGCACCUGCCUUGUCCGUGCUCUGCCUCAGGCGCAGCCGGGCGCACCUCCCCUACUGGACCACAGGGGAGGCCGAGGCCCACAGGGUGCACAGCUGGCCUCCUGGGUCCCUGUGACCCGAGAGUCCUGAGUCAGAGGCAGACCCAGGCUCUGUGACUCCAGUGCUCUUAACCCUUACAGCUGUUCCCUCUGCGAGGGAAACACUCCUGACAACUGUGAUUGCAGUUUCCUUUUAAAUAACUUGCUAUCUGAGAGGUGAAAAACAGCUUACCUUACACCUGUUUAUGAAGCAGAAUGCCUUCCUUGUGCUCACCUGUGUUCCGUGAGCUUCACCUGUUUUCUGUUAGCGUGCUUGCUUUCUCUGAACUGGUUCGUAUGUUUGUGUGUUGAGGACAGCGAUCAUGUGCCAAAUACAAGCUGCAGACAUUUCCCCCCCUUUUUUAGGUGUUUGUCUUCCAACUUAAUAAAGUUGAAAUGUUUGAGUUGCAA